AUGGCGCAAGAGGGGUCGGCAUCUGCCUUGGGCGACCGCGACGCCUGGCCCGCGAUCCUGGGCCCCCAGGUGCCCUUCGGCGAGCUGAAGGUCCAGCGGCGUUUGCGCCGCGGCUCCUUCGGCGUCGUGUACCGCGCCCGACUGGACGGCAGGGCCGUCGUGCUCAAGGUGCUGCUCGCGGAGGGGCAGGUGCCCCUGGAGCUGUUCGUGCAGGAGGCGUCGAUCCUCAAGACGAUAGAGCACCG